AGGCGCGUUCCUCCAAGAGCAUCGAAAGGUAAACAACGGGAUAACAUCCUUCGAGGUUUCUGUGAUCGUGCCUCGUCUUGUUCGCCAAGUCGUUGACCCUGACACCGACCAGGUUGCACCAGAUCUGAUGCAGCCCUGAUGGCCGAGGCGAAGAGCGUGUUGGUGACGUACGUGCUGUGGCUGCUGGGGGGAUGGUUCGGUCUGCACCACCUGUACCUGCGGAGGGACCUGCAGGCCUUCCUCACCUGGUCCACCGUGGGCGGCUACUUCGGCGUCGGCUGGCUCAGGGACCUCGUCCGCAUCCCCGAGUACGUCGCCGACUGCAAUGAGGACGAGCAGUACAUGAAGAAGUUCAUCGAGAGGCUCAAGACCAACGAAAAGCCUCCAUUCUCAAGCAUCCGAUUCAUGAGCAGUGUGCUGGUGUCGUACAUCUGGUCCAGCAUCUUCUGGAUGGCCAUUCCCGAAGACGAAGUUUUCGGAAUCAACUUCCGUCCUCUUCUGUACCUCACACCGAUUCCAUGCGCUCUUGGCGUUUGGGCCGUCGGAAACGUUGGCCGCGAGCAGGGCUCGAUUUGGUGGCCUCUGGGAAUCGCCUUCGCCACAACUCCUGUCCUCUGGAUGUGGGACGACUCAAACUGGUUCACAGCCAUGACUUUCUGCAGUGCUUUCGCCUUCGACGCUCUGGCCAAGCAGUGGAAACGAACCUACCCAAAGAAAUCUUCCACAAAGAAGAGAGUUUUGGUGCUGAGUGUGUGCGUCGUGCUCUACCUUGGCCUCUUCUCGAGCUAUCUGUACUUCAACGCCAAACUCACUGACAGCGAAGGUGACGAGGUCAAGUUCCAGGACGCCGUCAACCACUUCUUCACAUCCCCAUGGUGGGUGGAUCUGAAACAGUCAUUGGUUGACACCUGGACCUUUGCUCAGCACCACGGUUGGGCCGAAGUCUGGAAGCAAAUAAUAGACUUGUCCGAUCCGCACGGAGAAAUCAAUGCUCACAAGGUGCUGGGGGUUGGCCAGACGGCGACACAGUCGGAGAUCACUGCCAAGUGGCGUGCCCUGUCCAAGGAAUUCCAUCCAGACAAGGUCAAGGACGAGAACGAACGGAGGAAAGCGCAGGAGAGAUUCAUGGAAAUCCAGCAGGCGUAUGAGGUUCUGUCCAAGAUGCGAUCAAAGCGAACGGCCAAGAACAAAAAGUCUGUCGAUUAAUUCUCUUCACUGACUGAGAUCUGCAGGUUCUAUUCUGUGAUAGUUCCUUCUGACUAAUCAAGCAGGCCAAAUUUAUGCAUGAACAAUGGAAUAUUUAACCACUUUUUCAAUCAAACCAAUUGUCACAGAUAUAUUUUUAUGUACUUGUUUAUGUUGGAGAUGAAAUCUGAAUUUUUGUAUGGUUGAUUAAUUUUGUACUCAUUUAUUUUAUUGUUGAUGACAACUUUGGUGACCUGAAUGUUCUUUAAGCAAGUGAGACUCCGGCAUCAAUUCUUUAAUGUUUUUGAAAAUUGCACAAAUUAAUUGUCUUCCUGGGACACAAGAGUUGGUGCUGGAAUCGUUCACCGCACAUUUAAUUAGACAAUGUGGGCCUAAACUUAGAUCAUUCCCUUAAGUAUAUGAAAAUCUGCGACAGGCAGAAAUUGUUAAAAAAAAUUUUAUGAGAAAGGAUUACAUAAAUAAAAGCAAAUAUGCAACUUGUAACCUUGAUUCGUGUAUA